AUGUCGAUGGGUGACGACGACAUCCAUAAAAUCAUGCCUAUCACCACAGAUUUGGUCUGUCUGCAAACCAGGUCUCAAAUCAAAUUCUUGAACCCAAAGACAACACAACUUGCAUCAAUUGAAUGGCCAUAUGAUGUCCCUCUCAGCAAUUGUGAAACAGCAUUUGGAGGGGAAUGGAAAACACUUUGCAAUGUAUGUCCUCGCCUUGUAUCUGAUGGAACCUGGUUUGACAGAUUCGUGUACUGGCGUGUAGACAAACUAUCCUCUGAAAUAGCAACACCUCAAGAGUUGCUGGUCGUGUUUGACUACCACACUCAACAAUUCCAAACCAUAAACUGCCCUCCAUCUCCAAUCUUCUUUAACCCCACUGAUCCUUAUCAUAUGAAUCUCCAAGUGAAAAUAUUGGACUUCCAGGGGACUUUGUGUGUAAUAGAUGAGUACCACAUUACUCAGAAUCAUCACUGUCAGAUGUGGGCAUGGGAUCCAGAUACUUCCACAUGGGAUUGCAUGUUCGAGACCCAUGAAUUCCCAAAUGUGAACACACAGGUUCCACACGGAUUACAGUUCCACCAUGAUUGGCUUUAUCCAGUAUUUCUAAGCCACAAAUCAUCUCCAGGGACAGUUCAAUUUCAAAGGAUAUGA